AUGGACGCGUCCUGUCACCUCGACGAACUUUCGUUCAGUAUUCCUCUCAGUACUGUUGAGAUCAUGAAUAGCCUCUCGAUUCAAGAUGAUCCUUGGUCCAGUGUUUAUCAUGAACGGCUUCUCUCAAUUGGGCCGACAGAUGGCAGUCAGCAUCAUACAAACACCUACAAUGGUCCACAAUCGACAGCAAAAAUCCAUAACCAAACCCAAAUCCCUGUACCAACAGUGAUCUCGAGUCAACUCGGAAUAUCUGAGGCCAUUACUAUUAGCCAGCAAUCAUCAAAUCCGCAUGAUGGAAGGGAGACUCAGACUAGUCUUGUCGGACAAGAUGCGAUAAAAGAGGCCGUCGCUCAGCAACUUGAGAAAUUGAAGAACGAGUGGCGUGAAUCGUUGUCGCUUGAGAUCAAUAGCAUUAUCGGCGAAAAAUGCACUGAAUUACAUGAGGAGAUCAAACGUCUGAACUCGCACCUCCAGAAGCAACGAGGACAGAUUGACGAUCUUAAGUCCAAGCUGGCAGCAAGAAAAGAAACGCUCGGAUCGAAGAAAUGUUCCGAUUGCAAAGAGAUGAAUCUGCGUUCAUGCGACAAGGAUAUUCUCGAAUUGAGCUCAGAUUCGGAAACGGAGCUGGACGCACAAGCGCAGUCCUCUACUCGAAGGAGGGAACCUCUAGUCUCAAACAGACUACCCCAGCAACGCGCAAGUGUUCUUCCUUCACCAGUCUGUGGUAUUGACACAGGAAAGAGGAGAUUUACUCGUGACGAAUUGCGAAAUAAAAUCGGUGGCAGCAUUCAGACCACUCUCGUAAGAGUUACUGACUCUAAAAGACCCAUCGCGAAGGAGUUGAACAUGGAUGGAUACCUAUGUCCCAACAUUCAUCAGAAUCCAUGGUGUCCCAACACCCCAGGAGAACACGGUUAUAUCUUUGUUGGAUUGGGAGGGGAUCGCGAGACCUUCCUGGAUGUACAGCAACAACAUGUCUUUGUCGGAGAAAAGGACAAGGGUAAAUUGGCUAUGACUUAUGUUGGCCUCUAUCGCUGCAAAAGGGCGGAGAAUUUGACAGUUGAGGAAUGGCACACUCUUUCGCCGGAGGUCCAAGAUGCGUAUUCAAAAUUGACAAAAGACAAGAACAAGGACGGAAGAUCGUUGGAAAGAAUACGAACAGAUUAUGAUCAAGGAAUCCUGAGGGUACCGUGCGUCGAACUUGUGUGCUUGGAAUAUGUGCACAGACUCUUCGAGGCGUUGGCAUCUAAUGAACGAUGUCUGGCGUCUUCAACAACUUUUAACAGCCGCUCAAAGCGUCCGCGACAUUCAACUUCAAGGAACGACUCUUCUUAUGAUGAUGAUGUCGUUACGUCUGAGAGUGAUUUGUUCGAUUUCUCCUCCGCUCCGAGGGCGAGCAGAACCAAACUGAAGAGACCGCGGUUGGACUACGGUGUUUUGCCAAGAUAG